AUGAGCAUGGAUGGUUGUCCGCUGAAGGUGGCGAUAUUCCUAUGGUGCCUGCUGGUGAUUUCGGGUUCCAGCUUCGAGAUUGGCUCGUACGAGCUGGAGCGAGGAAGACCGGCCAAGUGCGAGCCCAUCACCAUCCCCAUGUGCGAGGGCAUCGGCUACAACCUGACGCGCAUGCCCAACUUCAUGGACCACGACGACCAGAAGGAGGCUGCCAUCAAGCUGAACGAAUUCGCCCCUCUGGUGGCUUACGGCUGCGACGUGCACCUCCGCUUCUUCCUAUGCUCACUAUACGCACCCAUGUGCACCGACAAAGUGUCCACCUCCAUCCCUGCCUGCAGACCCAUGUGCGAGCAAGCGCGGGAGAGGUGCGCCCCCAUCAUGAAGAAGUUCAGCUACACCUGGCCCGACUCUCUGGACUGUUCCAAGCUGCCCACCAGGAACGACCCCAAUGCCCUGUGCAUGGAGGCGCCUGAGAACGAGACCAGAACCGAGGUUAAGAAAGGUGAGGGCAUGCUUCCCGUGCCCCCUCGCCCCCGGCAGGUGGGCUCCGGCGGCGGGCGCUCCCCGGCAGGCGGCGGCGGCGGCUCCUGCGAGAACCCCGAUAAGUUCCAGUUUGUCGAAAAAAGUCAGUCGUGUGCUCCGCGUUGCUCCCCCGCUGUGGACGUGUUCUGGUCCAGGCGGGACAAAGACUUUGCUUUCAUCUGGAUGACAGUGUGGUCCAUCCUUUGCUUCGUAUCCACCGCGUUCACCGUGCUCACCUUCCUCCUGGAGCCGCACCGCUUCCAGUACCCGGAGAGGCCCAUCAUCUUCCUGUCCAUGUGCUACAACGUCUAUUCGGUGGCUUUCAUCAUCCGCUCGGUGGCGGGCGCCGAGAACAUAGCCUGCGACCGAGAGCACGGCGAGCUCUACAUCAUCCAGGAAGGGCUGGAGUCCACCGGCUGCACUAUCGUCUUCCUCAUCCUCUACUACUUUGGCAUGGCCUCCUCCAUCUGGUGGGUCAUCCUCACACUAACCUGGUUUCUAGCAGCGGGGAAGAAGUGGGGUCACGAGGCCAUCGAAGCCCACAGCAACUACUUCCACAUGGCGGCGUGGGGCGUCCCGGCUUUAAAGACCAUUGUCAUCCUCACCAUGAGGAAGGUGGCCGGAGACGAGCUGACCGGCUUGUGCUACGUGGGCAGCUUGGACUCGGGGGCGUUAACCGGAUUCGUCCUCAUCCCCCUCUCUUGUUACCUGGUCAUCGGUACGUCCUUCAUCCUCACCGGCUUCGUGGCGCUCUUCCACAUCCGCAAAGUGAUGAAAACCGAGGGAACCAACACGGAGAAGCUGGAGAAGCUCAUGGUGAAAAUUGGCAUCUACUCCAUCCUCUACACGGUGCCCGCCACCUGCGUCAUUGUUUGCUACUUCUACGAGAGGCUAAACAUGGACUACUGGAAGCUGAGAGGCCUCCAGUCCACGUGCGGCUCCUUCGACGGCCACGGGGGCGGCGACUGCUCCCUGCGAGCGUCCGUGCCCACCGUGGCCGUCUUUAUGUUGAAGAUCUUCAUGUCCCUGGUAGUGGGCAUCACCAGCGGCGUGUGGGUGUGGAGCUCCAAGACCUUGCAGACGUGGCAGGGACUGUGCAGCAGGAAGCUGACGGACAGGACUAGCGGCAGGAAGCCGUGCAGUGGGGUCAGCUGCAGCAACACCCAUUGCCAUUACAAAUCUCCCGCAGCCGUUUUGAACAUGGCCAAGACGGACCUACACGCGGACAGUCCCACUCAUGUCUGA